AUGACUCAUUCAUAUAGGUUUGUACUAAUUGUAUUCCUAAUCCUAUUUUCUUUAUUACAAGUGCAAUGUGCUGAUAGAUGCAUAGAAUAUAGAACUUAUGAUGAUUGCAUUAGAAGUAUAGAUGACCAAUGUAUUUAUAUUUUAUAUAAUUAAUAGGCAUUUGGGACUCUGAUGCUUGUAAUUUUACAAAAAACUUAGAACUUGGUUGUUCUGAGUUGUUAAACAAGAAGGCCUGUAAUAAAUAAUUGGCUUAUGCCUCAGGAGAAUUAGCCAAAUGUAUGCAAUAAAUGUUUUCUCUUAGGCAUUUUUAUAUCGAAGUGUUAACCAAUAUAGGAUUUGAGUUAAGUCAAUUGUUAGGACAGUCUUUCUAAACAUGGAUGCAUGUCCAUUCAAAAAACAUCGGAGCUUUGUGAAUGGAAUGAAAACACAUACAGUUGUGAUUAUGUUUCUCAAAUGGAUAAUUUGAAAGACUUUUAGAAUAAAUUAUAUAGUGCAUCUGUUUGUGGAAGGAUCGAAAGUAUGUUUUGAAUCUAAUUAGAUUAUCUCAUAAUACACCAUACGUUAUUGUGGACACUAACCCAGUAUAAACCAAAUUUCGUUUUAGAAUCAGAGCGCCUUUACAGGAAAGACUUAGGCUUGUAAGUAGAAGCUGAUAGCAAAGUAUAUGAAACAGGAACUUUAAAAAAUAAUUUCGUAAGCUCUGGUGGUUACUUUCAAUGGUAUGAAUUAGGUCAGCCACUUGGAAGUGGAUUAAGCAAUUGUAUAAAAUAAUUUUAACAUAGUGAAAAUUAGUGACAGAGAACGGGAAGGCUGUAUAGCAUUAGAGAUAGUCGAUGACAAUGAUUAUUAAAUGCUAUUCUCUACCAAAAUUCAGGAAGUAGGUGUUAACCAUAUUUAUUGCAGAUAUAUUAAAGGAAUAUUUACUCAUUAAAAAUGCCUUUUAAUAUCUCAAGAAUUAUAAUUAUAGGACUAACAAUUCCUAACUGCAAAUGAGAUCUUUUGUAGAUAUGUAGAUAGGAAUAGGUGUUCGUACAUCAACCUAAAUUGUCUUCCCUAAACCUUGAACUCUGAUGGACUAGAAAAAGAAUUCAGUUGUAUUGAAGGCUUAAACACACAAAAGACUACUUGCGUUGCAGAAGCCUUGGACACUUUUAGAAGGUGCAAAGGCUUAUCUGGAAAUGAAGGAUGCUAUUUGAAUACUUUAGUCUCUCCUCCUGUUUGUAGCCAAGAAUGCAUUGUAAGUCAAUAAAGUCUGUGUAAUAGUGAUAAUUGUAAUUGGACUCAAGAAUCAAAUGAAUUUAUUGGGUGUGUUCCCAAAUUUGGAUGCAAAUAGCCAGGAGUUAAUUAAUACUAUUGUGUGAAUAUGAGACUUUUAUGUUCUUGGGACGACACGAAUAAAUAAUGCACAUAACUAUAAGACUACUAACUUAAUAUUCUUGAUUGCAAUGCUGUCAUUUCAAAAUUCUCAUGUGGAUCAAUACGAAAAAUGGGACAAGAAUGUAUUUGGCUAGAUAAUGAGGGAAAAUGUAUUAAUGUCUUAUCGGAUUAGAAAUUAAAACUAUUUUAAUCCUUCCCAAAAACAAUGGUUGUAAAUAGACAAUUAUGCAUGUAUUCAACGGGUUAGAGAAAGUAUACUAAUAUGAUAUGUGAUUAAUAUUAAACAGAUAAAACCUGUGAAACUGAAGAUAGCAGUUCUUUUAAUUACGAAUUAUGUUUAAACACUCCAAAAUGCUAAUGGGAUGUUUUAUUUGAAGUUUGCAAGGUUCUAGUUCCUCAAACUAGUUGUGAUGCUUUAAUCAAUGUUUCAGCUUCAGCAUGUGCGUAGUUUAUGAAUUGUAAAUACAAUUAGUAAACAAAGAGUUGUCAAUCAUAAUCCACUAAUCUAACAUGCGAUGAUCAAGGAAUAAAAAAAGAAAUCUGUCUUGGUUUAUCUGAUCAACCAUGCAAAUGGAGUAAUGGAGUUUGUUCCUAAGUGACAUCAUUUAAUCAAUAUUGCACAUCUUACAAUAAUGUCUCUUAAAAAGUGUGUGUAUUAUAAUCAACUGAGAAAUGCCAAUUCCUUACAAACAAAUGCAUUUUAGUAGCAGUUGCUCCAACCACUUGUUAAACUUAUUUUAAUAAAUAUGCAUGCUAAUUCAGCACAGAGGCUUGUUAUUUUGCUGGAGAUUCAUGCUAAACCUUAUCAGCCACUAAAUAUGAGACUUUGACUUGCGAAGGUUUUUAUCUUAGUAAAAAGGCAUGCCAAUAGAUUAUAAAUACUAAUGAAAAGUGUUCAUGGGAUGGAGAAAAAUGUGUUUAUUUUAAAUCUACAUAACGUUAUAAUUGUUUGGCUAACACAUCACUUAGUCAGGCAGGUUGCAUUAGUAUUAUUUCUCCUGUUCCAAGACAAUCUCUAGAUGAAUACUAUUGUGCUUAUAAAUUUCCAGAUAGGUUAUGUGCUUCUAUUACCUCUUCUGCAACUGUUGCAUCUUGUGGAAAUGCUAAUUUAUUAUUAAAUCGAUAAACCUGUUCAUAGUUGACAAGUGGAAAUUGUAUAUUUGUUGAUUAGUAGUGCAAAAGUGAACCUUCAGAUGCAACAUCAAAUCGAUAUUGGAAUUAUCAUUUGAAGACAAUUACUUGUGACUAAGCCAACAAAAACACUUGUAAGAAAGUGUAAAACAGAAUCUGUUAACUUAAUUCUAACUUUUGCUUUGUCGUAAUUGACCCUAAGCUUAUAUGCUCAUUUCCAGUGAAUAUUUCAACCUAUAAUCCAAUUUAAUAUUGUGCUAAUUCAGUUUAUAGUGAUAACACCUAUGCCACUAAAGUUCGAUGUAAGAUUAAUAGUGCUCAGACUGAUUGUGAGGUGCCAUCAAAUACUAACUAUUACAGUUGUGAUGAACCAGGAAUCAAUAUUAAUAUCUGUUUUGAGGCUACCUAUGGUUAAUGUGCUUUCAUUAAUGGAAAAUGCACUUCUGAUCUCAGUAAUGUAACUUCGUGCAAUUAACUCAAUAAGUAAGCUUGUUUAAAUAUGAAUAUGGAAUGUGGUUAUUUUAAUAAUGUUUGUACUUAAAAUAACACUUCAACAAAAUGUCCUGCUGCAAUAACAAAUUAUUCAUGGUAUCUGUGUUCAAGCACAGUGAAUUGUUAUGGAAUAUUAAAUGGUUGCAAGCAAAUGACAACUACUAUUAAUCUAAAAUGUGACACUCCUGGAGUUGGAAAAACAGUCUGUGAGAAAUCUUUAUAAAAUUGCUCCUUCACAAAUGGUGUUUGCAAGAACAUUUCAAAGAAAAUAUGCGAAUAUGAGUUUACCAAAGAAGAUUGUAUCAAUAAUCUUUAUUAUAACUGUGUUUAUGAUGAAGGAUAAUGCUAUACCUAAAAUUUAACUGUUAAAUGUGAUAAAUAUGAAUAUACGAAUUAUAAAUUUUGUAGGUAGUUUCCAUACUGUCAAUACAUCAAUAAUUAAUGCAAGGAUUUCAGUUUACUUAGUCAAAUUGAAAAUGAUAAAAUAAAUUAUACAACAGGUUGUACUACAUUUUUAAAUUAAUUUGAUUGUUUAAAUUAAUGGUAAGUAAUAUGUACAUUUGUUAAAGGUCAAGGAUGCAAAAGUACAAGUGAUAAUCCUAGUUAAUGUCCUCAUUUAAUGUAAUAUAGUAAGAUGAUGUGUUAAAAAUACGAAAAUUGUGAUUUCUAAUUUGGAUAUUAUUGUGUUGAUACAACUUAGACUUUAAGUUGCUCUUAAUUAUCAAAUUCAUUGUGUUUAUCUGAUAUUUCUGAUUCUUUAGCCUGUUAUUGGGAUGGUACUAAUUGCUAAGAAGUAACAACUUAGAUUUGUUCAGAUGUUCAAUCUUAUUAAACCAAUUAUUCUGGAUGUUCUAAAAUAAGCAAUUAAGAUACUUAGAAAUGCAUGUAUUAAUCUUCAACUCAGAAAUGUAAAAUAUUAAAAGAAACUAAUAAUUGUUCUGAUUUUACAACCAAUAUUGAAUGUGCAAUCAGAGCCAAUGCAUCUUGUUUAUUAGCAAAUCCUACCGCUUAAACUACAACUUGUAGUUCUUCUAGUGUUUUUAAUGCUAAUUUAAAUUUAUAUGGAUGUACUUAAUUAACAGGAAAUGCUUACUAUUAUGAUAUCUAUAAUUAUCAAUGUGCAUAACUUACAGUAGCAAAUUAUGUCAAUGUUCAAGGAUGUUAAUACUUAAAUAAAUAGAGUUGUAUUGAAAUAACAAGUGAUAUUUUAAAUAUAUAUUGUGGAUGGAUUGAUAAUUAAUGUUAAUAAUUGAUUGAUCUAACUAAAUUAAAUGAUUGUACUCUUUUAAAUAAAUACGCUUGCAUAAAUAUAGAAAAUUCAAAUCUUGUUUGUUAAUGGAACGUCGCAUCGCAUACUUGUACUUCCUCUAUUCAAACUGCUUGUUACGUUCCUGCAUCAAUUCCAGCUAAUCCUACAGUUUUAUACUCAAUAAGUUUAUGUAGUAAAGGAGGUAAUUCAAAUGCAUGUAUGGCAAAUUCAUCAAAUACAGGAUGUGUUACAUUUAAUUAUACAAUUGAAAUUUGUGAAACUAUGGGAUUAAACAAAAAGGCUUGUGUGGAAUAAACUACAGGAUAUUGUAAAUGGGCUAAUAAUAAAUGUUCAAAUUCAUAAUUAGAUAAUUUGGAUUGUAAUUCAGAUGUUAACAAAAAUACUUGUUUAGCUAUUAAUGACAAUUUAUGUUAAUGGAAUGAUUCAACUAAAACAUGUUCUACUAAAACAUUAACUAAUUGUUCUGAUGCAACCAAUUACAAUUAGUGUAUGAAUGUACCAAAUUAAUUUUGUUAAUACACUGAUUCAUGUAAAAGUUUUGAAACUAUUCCUAAGAUUUGUUAAUAGGGAUUUAAUAAGUAUAGCUGUCAGAAUGUAACAGAAUAGAUAUGUUAAUUCAGCAAUAACUAAUGUUCAAUCCUAACCACAUUUGAUUCAAGGAAAGAAUGCUCUAAACAAUUAAGUGAACAAAAUUGCAAAGCUUCACCAUUUCAUUGUAUUUGGUAAAGCACAAAAUGUAUCUUUAAGGAUACUAGUUGUUACAAAAAGAACUCUGAUAACACUGACUGUUAUAACUUUGAAUACCCUUGUAGUUUAACUAGUUGUACUCCUACAAAACCUCUUUCUUGUGUUUAGAUCUAUAAUAGAAUAGCUUGUCUAGAUUCUGAUUUCUUUUGUUAUUGGGAUAAUACAAAAGGAUGCUAGAAUUUUUAUUCAACAUAAAGCAAUAUCAAUUGUGGAACUAUGACUCAAUAAAUUAAUAGAAAAGUUUGUCAAUAUUAUGCCUCUUAAAAUUGUGAAUAUAGAAAUUAUGUUUGCACUUCAAAUUUGUCAGAUGUAUUCUAUGAACUUAAUCCUAAUUAUAUCAUUUAAUCAAGUUUAGUGACAGUAUAAUCAAAUUGUUCUGAGAACUUAACAGAGUUCGAUUGUGUUACUUCAACAUAAUUGAAAUGCUAUUGGAAUACAGAUUGUAAAUCUAUAGAAGAAUAAACAGUUUCAUGCACUUCGAAAUUAAAUCUCCCAGCUUGUUAAGAAAAAGACUGUUUGUGGAGACAAAGAAAAUGCAUUUCUAAAUUGGGCUAUGUCUUUUAACCAAAUCCUAUAUUAGAUGAAUAAGUGACGGAUUGUACAACUCGAUAUAUAUCCAAAGCUACUUGUUUAAAUAUACCAGAUGUAUCUUGUACCUAUGAUGAAACUAAUAACUAAUGCGACAAUGUUACGUUCGAUAAUGCUAAAGCUUGUUCAGAUUAUUAAUUAGUUAACAAAAAAACAUGUUAAAUGGUUCCAACUAAGUCAUGUAUUUAUGAUUCGGACUCAUUAACAUGUCAGGAUUUUAAUGGAACCAUUACUGAUAUUGAUACAUUAUCAAAACCUGCUUGUUUGUCACUUAACUAAGCUGCAUACUGGGACAAUGGGUGUCAUUUAACUAGUAGUUUUUAAUGCGAUUAAGUUUUUGAAGUCACUUAAGCAACUUGUAAACUUGUAAAAACAUCUUGUAUUUAUAAUCAAGAAUUAAAAAAAUGUACUUCAGAAUUCAAUAUUAACUCCUUGUUUUGUGAUUCACCAGGCUUAAGUCAAUCUGCAUGCACAUCAAUUCUUAGAGAACCUUGUAUAUUUAUUGAUGGCUAAUGUUAAUUAUUACCUUCUAAUUAUACAUGUGAACAAGCUAGAAAUGUUAAUGAAUUAGGAUGUGCUUCAUUACAGGAUUCUUGCUCUUACGAUAUUCUUAAUAAAAAAUGCAAGACUGUGACUAGUUCAUAAGUAUGUUAAAUUUCUGGACUCUCAAAAUCUGCAUGUUAAUUAAAUUCCUCUUGUAUUUUUAAUUCAGAUUUUAUGUAAUGCUAAUGUAAUGUGGUUGCAACAGCCAAUAUUUGUGCAAACAAGAAUUAAAUUUAGUGUGUUUAGGAAUAAUUAUGUAUGUUCGAUAAUAAAUAUAAUUCUUGCAGAAGAGUACGUUGUGAAGACUUAGGUUAGAGUGAAUGUAAGAAUUCUAAACUAAAUAUGGUUUGCUUUUUAAAUAAUGGUGUUUGCCAAAGUGCAAGUUAAUGCGAAGAUAUUAUAAAUGUUGACCAUUCAAUUUGCAGCUAAAUUGAAUUUGAAUCUGGAGAGAAAUGUAUUGGUAUUAAUUCUAGAUGUUUGAAUGAAAAAAACUACGAUCUUUAUUGUUAAUUAUCGGAUUGUUCUAGUAAAUUCUGUAAGAAAUCUAAUAUUUGUGAAGCAUUAAAAUGUUCUGACUUGACUAAUUGUAAUUAAUUAGGAAAUAAAUGCGUAUUGUCAGGUGAUAAAUGUGUAGAGAAUAUAAGUUGUUAAUAAUUAAGUUCAUCUUAAUGUAUUCAACUUCAAUUGUAUAACGCAUAAACAUGUGUAAUUCAACAAUAGAACAUUUAUCAGGAUGAGUUUAUUUGUACAUCUUAAGUUUGCGCCCUAUUUGGAUCUUCUAAUCUUUGUAAUGGAAAUUAAUUCAACAAUUUUACUUGCCUACUGAAAGAUUCUCAAUGUUUACCUUGUGAAUUUAUUGUGGAUCCAUGUACUUGUUCCUAAGCAAAGAACAUUUGCGAAUGGAAAAAAAAUGGCUGCGCAUCAGUAUCCUGCACUUCCUUUUUAACCACAGAAAUCUGUAAUGAUAUAACAAGAUGUUCAUGGAGUUCCUAUUAUGGUAGUUGCCAAUUACAUUGCAAUUUAGUAAUUUCUUAAGAAGAUUGUAAUGCUAGACAAGAUGAAUGUUAUUAUGAUUUAGCAAAUAAUGUGUGCCAAGUGGGAACUUAUAAUUCUCCUGAUUUAAGCGUUAAUAUUAAAAUAUCGACAAUAAGUGAAUUAAUAAUUGUAGCUGCCAAUGCAAUAUUGAUAUUUUAUUUUAUUUGA